AUGUCCAUCGCUUUCGACAACAUCGACAACUUCCGAGACGUCGGAAAGACCAUCAACGACCAUCUCGGCCGGCAGGUCGUCCGAGAAGGCGUGUUCUUCCGAUCCGCGCGACCAGACAGAGCAUCCCCCGAAGACCGCACGAAACUUAGAGAUGAGCUGGGCAUCCGAACGGUCGUGGAUCUCCGUAAUAAGAAUGAACAACAGAGGCACCGAGCAGGCCUAACCAAGGCCCUCGCGCCCGGGCAGAUCCCCGGCUUGAAGUACCGCGAGAUCAAGGUGACGGGGGAGCGGUUCCAGACGUUUCUCACGAGACAGCUUGGGUGGUGGAGUUCCUUCAAAACAUCCAUCCUCUUGUUCUUCGGCCACAACGAUCGUGCUAUUAGCAUCCUAAGCCGGGAAGUCAUCCAGCCGCGGGGUCUCGUAGGUAUAGCUUUUGUAACGCUGGAUCAGUCUGGCCCUGAGAUCGCCGAGGCCCUCCGCACCUUCAUAUCCCCCUCAUCCCUCCCCCUCCUAGUCCAUUGCGCCCUGGGCAAAGACCGAACCGGCCUCAUCGUCGCCCUGGCCUUGAUGAUCCUCGGCGUGCCGUCAGACGCCAUCACCCACGACUACCAGCUGUCGCGCAAGGCCCUCGCAGGCGACUACGAGGUUCGACGCGUAGAGUUUCGGAAGCUUGGCCUCUCGCCAGAGUGGGGAGGCGUGGCGGAUAGUUUCGCCGAGAGGAUUGAAUGGCACUUGGAUGUGAAGUAUGGCAAUCUUGAGGGUUAUUUGGAUCGUAUUGGGUUUAGGAAAGAUGAUCGGGAGAGGCUAGUUGACGUGUUGAGUGCGUAGGAUAUAUUACCUAUAACCUAAGUGGUUUAAUAAAAGUAACAUCGCCAAGUUAG